GCGCGCGGCCGGUGUCCCCGGUGUCGCGCAGGCGCGCGCGGGAGCCGGUGUCGGUGUCGGCGCAGCGGGGGCCGCCGCUCGGCUCGGCCGGGGCUGCGGAUGGCGGAGCGGCGGGGCCCAGGCAGCGGCGCGGCGGCGGCGGGGGAGGUUGCAGAGUCAGCAUGUGUCUCUAGUAGUUAAAAAGACAGAAGCAGCCUCCGCCAGCCAAGAAACCAGCAAAAAUAUUUCACCAUGGAUGUAGACGAUGAAGAAAACAUGAGUUCCAGCAGCACCGACGUUAAAGAAAACCGCAACGUGGACAACGUUCCCCCCAAGGACGGUGGCGGGCAAGGCGCCGGGGAGGGGACGCAGCUCUCCAACGGCGGGGGCAGCGGCAGCCGAAAGCGUCCUUUGGAGGAGGGCAACAAUGGCCACUCCAAAUUCCGCCUGAAGAAGAGGAAGAAAACACCCGGCCCCGUUCUGCCAAAGAACGCCCUGAUGCAACUUAACGAGAUUAAACCCGGUUUACAGUACAAACUCCUCUCCCAGACGGGACCGGUCCACGCUCCCAUGUUCGUGAUGGCGGUCGAAGUCAACGGGCAGGUGUUUGAGGGGUCUGGCCCGACGAAGAAGAAGGCCAAGCUUCACGCUGCCGAGAAGGCCCUGCGGUCUUUUGUCCAGUUUCCGAACGCCUCUGAAGCCCACCUGGCCAUGGGGAGGACUCUGUCGGUCAACACGGACUUCACCUCCGACCAAGCAGACUUCCCUGACACCCUUUUCAACGGGUUCGAAACGCCGGUCCCUUCUGACGCGUCUUUUUACCUGGGGUCCAACGGGGACGGGUCCUUUAGCUCUGGCGGGGACUACGGUUUGCCGUCGUCAGCCGUGGCCAGCGGCCUUUCCCAGUCGCCUCUCCCCGCGCCGCCGCCCUACCCGUCCGCCAGCGGGAAGAACCCCGUCAUGAUCCUCAACGAGCUGCGACCGGGGCUCAAGUACGAGUUUCUGUCGGAGAGCGGGGAGAGCCACGCCAAAAACUUCGUCAUGGCCGUGGCGGUGGACGGUCAGACUUUUGAAGGCUCGGGAAGGAAUAAAAAGCUGGCAAAGGCCCGGGCCGCGCAGUCGGCCCUGGCAUCCUUGUUUAACAUGCAGCUGGACCAGACCCCGUCCCGACAGCCCAUUCCCAGCGAGGGGCUCCAGUUACACUUGCCGCAGGUUUUAGCUGAUGCUGUUGCACGCUUGGUUGUAGAUAAAUUCAGUGAUUUGACAGAAAAUUUCACAUCUCCACAUGCACGCAGAAAAGUCCUCGCUGGAAUUGUCAUGACAACAGGUACGGACGUGAAAGAUGCCCUGGUAAUAAGUGUUUCUACAGGAACAAAAUGCAUCAAUGGCGAAUACAUGAGUGAUCGUGGUCUUGCAUUAAAUGAUUGCCAUGCAGAAAUUAUAUCUCGUCGGUGCCUGCUUAAAUUUCUGUAUACCCAACUUGAGCUUUAUCUAAGCAAUAAAGAAGAUCAACAAAAAUCCAUUUUCAUCAAAUCGGAGCGAGGCGGGUUUAAGCUGAAGGAGAAUGUGCAGUUUCAUCUCUAUAUCAGCACAUCUCCUUGCGGCGACGCUCGGAUUUUCUCACCACACGAAGCGGCACAAGAGGAUCAAGGGGACAGGCAUCCAAACCGCAAAGCGAGAGGACAGCUACGGACAAAAAUAGAAUCCGGGGAAGGGACCAUCCCUGUGCGCUCCACCACCACCAUCCAGACGUGGGACGGCGUGUUGCAAGGAGAGAGGCUGCUGACUAUGUCCUGCAGUGACAAGAUAGCGAGGUGGAACGUAUUGGGUAUUCAAGGAGCCUUACUUAGCCUCUUUGUGGAGCCAAUUUACUUCUCUAGCAUCAUCUUGGGGAGUUUAUAUCAUGGGGAUCAUCUAUCCAGAGCCGUAUACCAGAGGAUAGCAGAGAUAGAAGAUCUACCACCUCUUUAUACACUCAACAGACCUUUACUUAGUGGUAUUAGCAAUGCAGAAGCUCGUCAGCCAGGGAAAGCGCCAAACUUCAGCGUGAACUGGACAGUAGGAGACACUGGUCUUGAAGUUAUUAAUGCUACAACCGGCAAAGAUGAAAUGGGUCGUGCAUCUCGCCUUUGCAAGCAUGCUUUUUACAGCCGCUGGAUGCGUAUUCAUGCAAAGCUUUCCUCCAGCUUGCGCUCCAAGAUCCUCAAGCCCAACCUGUACCACGACACCAAGCAAGGAGCCGCUGAGUACCAAACUGCCAAAGAGUGUUUGUUUAAAGCGUUCCUGAAGGCAGGACUGGGAGCCUGGGUGGAGAAGCCCAUAGAACAGGAUCAGUUUUCUCUCACCGUCUAAUUCACAGACUGCUCAUCACUAUGGGAAGGGGGUUGUUCUGGAAAUUCCUGGUGUCCAGCACUGCUUUCUGGCAUCUCCAUCAAAACAUCUUUUUGUUUGGAGUUGGGUUUGGUUUUUUUUUGUUAAAAAGCGCUUCAUAGUAACUGUUUCUGUUUUGCUUAAGUAUUGAAACUCAGUGAGGAUCUGACACAUAAAUGUAUAUUUCAUUAUGGGAAAGUAAUUUCUGGUGUAUUUCUAGAAAUACUUUUACUGUAGAAAACUUGCAGUAAGGCUGUCCUUACAGUAUACAAUGACUCAUUUUUUCUGGGUUAAAAGAAUUCAUUUUUUUAAUUCAAUGUCAUCAAGUGCAUGAAGAAAGGAAAGUUUCUCUAGGUUUUACACCACACUUUUAGGAGGUAGCUUAUGGGUUUUUUUAAAGAAAAUAGGUGACAAAGCUGAUUCUACUCCUCUGUUAACUUGUACUUGAACUGCAGGUAUUUCUAGCAUAUAGACCACAGAGCCAGAAUGGAUUCUGGACAGCUAGUAUUUCCUCACUUCCUUGCUCUUUAAAACCAGCUGCUGAGAAUUUCAUGUCUUUGAUGUAUGUAUUUAUUAGCCUGUGACCCAGUUUUUAACAUGCAGCUUUUUAUUCUGUUUUUAAAAAUACAUUUACCUCCCAUUUACACACAUUGUGAAGUCUUCAUUUUUUUUUACCGUUGUAAACUGGAAACAGCAAAAUAAUUAUUGUAAGUUAAGAAGUUUAGUGUAUGACAUGCAGAAAUCUGUUUAGAAGUAGGUGAUUUGUAAAUCCCAGGAACUCAUCAGAAUACAGUCAUCACUGUAACAGUAAUAUGACAACUUAAAGAAAAAUAGUUGCUCAUUUUAAGGGCGCUAAGCCUGAAUUGCCAAAACUAAUCAGUUGCUGGGUAUUGAUUGCUCUCCUCUCGAAGAAAUGAAAAGCUCUCGUAAGGACACAAAUUAAGUCUUGUUUCCUGUGAGUUGUAUCUGCUUUAACCCAAGUCGUUGUGUCUCUGAGAUUCCAUUGCCUUUUGGCUUUACACGUGUGAUGGUCUUCAUGAAGCUAAUUAGGUAAGUUGCUUUGAUGACUUAGAAAGGUGGUUUUCCUAAAGGUGUAGACACUUCUGCUUUAUGUAAAAAUGUAAGAUAGAAGGGAAUUAUUGUGAGAUCAGUUUGAUUAACUGCUGUAUAGAAGUCAUUUUUAAAAACACUUUUUAGUACACGACGUUUAGGAGCGAUGGUACAACGUCUGGUCUCGCUUCUCUGCUCACAUGGCGUGUGUCCAAACACAUCCCUCGGCUCAUGACUGUCCAGGUGACACCUGUGCUUUCUGAAGAGCAUCUUGGAGAUCCUCUGUUUUCCCUUUGCAAGCGACGAAGGUGAUGCUUUGUGACAUGCUAGUGCGCCUGACAGCACCAACCCAGCACAACGCUGCUCCAGCUGUCGCUUCCUGUCCCUCCGCUCGGCCACCCCGUCCCUGUGCCACACGGGACAGCAGAUCAGUGGCUGGUCCAUGCUUUGAAGCCAAGUCAGGUGUUGCUUUUAGACCCACAUUGGGUCAGAGGUCCGGUUUGGAGUCGUGUUGGCGCAUUGCGGAGCAGUGGAGUGGAGUGGAGCGUGGGUCCUCCAGCCAGCUUCACGGCCAGAGCCGCUGAAGCUGGAACUGGAGCUACUGUACCUGAGCCACAGCAUCUCCAGGGGGUUAGCCCAUACCUGGGGUGUUGGAGACUUGGAUGUAAACCCAGUUCUGGCCAAUCAUGAACACCGAGGAGAUGUGCUGCUUCGUUAUUGCCCAAGUAGGAACCCGUUUUCACCUUCAAAAGUGAUCAAGCCUGAAAAUCAGCAGUUGAAGCCUGUGGGUUGCUGUCUUGGAGGUAAUGCAUUGAGGUGCAAACAAUGCAUUUUUGGCAGUAUUAUGGAUAGUAGCGAGCUUUGCUGUGGGAAGAUGAGCAAUACUGUGGCCUAGUGGUCUCCUCGGAAAAGACCUGGAUGCUUCCAGAGGUUGCUGCCUCUUCCAGAUGCCGGAGGAACAAACCUUGCAAGCUGCACCAGCCGGGCUUUGAUAACUCAGCUUCACAGGUGACUGGAGCCCUCCUGUCUGCUUGUCACUAAACCCAGGAGUGCUCCUGUGGCCUCUGCCAGCCCGACAAGGCUUCUGUGGUCGUCCUCUAACUGAGGCUUAGGCUGCCCUGUUGUGAAGCUACAAGGAAUUUAAUUACAUGUGGUCAGAUUUUGCAGGUGCUUGGACCUUUGAGAUCAAUCUUGGCUUGUUCAUGUUGCAAAAAUUCUCUGUGGCUGUAGCUGAAUACAUGCAUAUGUGUUGCAGGAUCGAGGGAAAGCUGCUCACACUAUAUACCUUUUCUUGAGAUCAUUUCUGCCAUUAGGUGAAAUGAAGACACGUUUCUAAGGGGCUCAGUCUGUUGAUAAAUGAAGUCCAUUGAUAAUUUCCAGCGAAUAAUUUUUACCCAUCUUUCUGAAGUGCUCAUUCAAAAGUUGGUGUCUCUCUGGAUUUUUUUGGAUUACUUGGAAAGUAUUAGCUCAAACUAUUUUUUUUAUAAGGUCACAAAUAUGAGCAAUAUAUUUAAGUAUUAUUAUAGACAUAGUUUUUUAAGCUGUUCAAAUGAACAAUUAAAAUUAAAGUGUAAAGGAAAUAUGUUCCAUGCCAAAACCUUUUGACGAAGGAAUGGUGUCAGGUUAUUUAUGAGGAAUGAGUGCUCUUGUUUAUAAUUCCAGAAUUUUAAAAAGUAAGAAGUUUUCCAGGGUUGUAUGCAAUCCAUAUCUGUCUUCUGGGAGUCAAUAAAACACUGCUUGGCUUCCUUCA